AGCAACUCCCAACGUCCGCUAACACAGGCGCGUCGACACGCGACUUUGGUGCUGCCAGUCGUCUAGGCCUCCGCCCCUCUCGCCGCCACGACCGGUUAGCGAUUCCACAAGUGGCUCGUCGCCGUCUCCCACAACAUUGGUGCCAAGUACGAACUGAGCAGGCCGUCAUCGAUAACACCACCGGCCCAUGGCGCCGCCCACGCAAUGGCGACGGUCAAGUCCCUGGGGCUGCACAAGCCGGCCGGCCUCCACCAUGCGGUCCAGGAAAACCUGAUCCCCGCGGACGCGCCGGCGUCGUCCUACGUCUGGGACGUCACGGUGGGCGAUGACGACAACGAGGACGAGUUGCUGACGACGCAAACCUCGGUCGUCUGGUGUCGGGGGCGCAUCUUCCGCAAGGCCUUCAACUUUAACCUCGAAAAGGAACCCGUCACGCAGGCUCUCCUCGCCUACUUUCCCUCGUCCGAAGCGGACAAGACCGAACACGAUGCGACCAAGAAAGCACAACACGCUCCGCCCGCUCUCGAAAAGGCUCUGGUCGUCUUCCUCAAGACGCAGGCUCACAUCUUCUUCCUGUCCGGCACCAGUCACAUCGUCCACAUGCCGUUCGAGGUCGAGUCCGCCGUUGCCGGGCCGGUAGGCGUCGUCAUACAGCGAAGGGCAAAGGCCGAAAGCACGGCCCCGGUCUCUCUCAAGUUUCCCCGAGCGCCGCCGAGCUCCUUUGUGUCGUCGCAGAUGACGGCAUUCGACAGCUCGCAGCGGACGACCUUUUCCGUCGAGGGGCUUGGCAAUCCAAAGGCCCUCCACCUCAGUCUACGUUCGACGCUGGAGAACAUGUGGGACGCUCCUAUGGAGCAACCGGAGUCACACUGGCCGCGGCUCCUAUCGUUGACCGAUCCCCUGGCGGAGAUUGGCCUGGUGGUCGCAGAGGCCGAAUCUCAGGGUCCUCGAACGAGACGGACCACUGCGGGGAAGCCCGCGUUCCUAGAUCCGGCGGAAGAGAUACUGCACAUAGAGCAGAUUGACCUGCCUGUGGCGUCGGCCAAGAAGCUACGCGACCCCGUCGUCCUCGGCGUCUCCAUCAACCGGGAAACCAGCUCGUACAGCGUAUGGCGCAUGACGUAUCUUCGGCACGAGGACCACUUCAUCGGUCACAGCAAAACGGCCAGGAAGCAAGGCAAUCGCCGCCGAAGCUCUAUGCAGCCCGGCUUCGCGAGCGGCGCGUCGACUCCAGUCCAGCAAAAUUUCCGAGAAAGCUUUGGUGUGCCGCUACCAGGAAAGCGACAGCGGAAGAGUGACAAGGUCGAGAAGCCGCUUGACCUGGUAUCGUCACUCGAGCAGCAAGAUGCGGAAGGCCCUGGGGUGGCCCGGCGGAGCUCUCGCCGGCUGAGCUCGAUGCUCGCACGAGCAGAUCUGUCGGCAUCUCACGAGCGAUCCGUCUUUGCCGACCAGCCGCUCGCGCCCAACGUCGGGGUUUCCAAACGGCACGAGCACGGGCGCUCAAGCUCCAGCUUUCAUCAUCCGGUGCGCCCGAGUCUCGGGAGCCUGCUCGAGGCACCCAUCGAUGCCGGGCUCGGCGAGGGUCUGCACAACAUGGCACUGGACGACCACGAUUUCGACGGUCUGCAGCGCGAGAUCCUCUUCACCCGAAUCCACACAAUAUCGCUGGACAACACCCACCUCCGAUACUCAACUUCGACGAGGCCGGCCCGUGACCAGUCCAAGGUCUUUAUUCUCACAGCCCCGGCAUUUGCCAUUGACGACCAGCAGCGCACCCAGCUGCUCAUCGCUAUUCAAGACUCGUUUGAGAGACGGCUGCAACUGAUCACGCUGCAUGUCAAGGUGCAGGACAAGUUCGGCCAGGCAGCCACGUCCAUUGUCCCGCGUGAGCAGUGGAAAGUCCAAAACGUGGUGGACUCGUCCAAGCUUGUCGAUGGCGACCUGUCGGUCAUCCUGGUCCUUUCCGAAGCCAUGGAUGGGCGCCACGAGCUGAGCACCCAGGCGCCGUGGAUAGAGCUGACCAAGGUCUCCCUGUCGCUGCUCUUCGUGGACGACACGAGAGACUUGCAAUACCGGGGCCGGGCGCCUGAUCGAGAUGUCAAGCACAGAAAGUCAGAGGUCAUUGAUCUAAGCAAUGGUGGCGUGACCGGUAUUCGCUUUCCGCGUAAGAACGGCGUCGUUGACGUCGCGGACGCGAACGGCCGCCUACACCAACUCAAGAUCCAGCUGCAGCCUCACUGCCCCCAAGUCCGAAGGGCCUUGGAGAUCUGCAGGAGCGUGCUACCGGACUCACUAGGCGGGCGAGUCCAUGCCGGGUGGCUACACGCCAUGCAGUGGUUGGGCUCUCAGGACGAAUCUGUCGUCAACGUGGAGUGGUCCGCAUUCACCAUCCUGCUCUUUGCGUCGUUCCUCAACCUAGGCAGAUCAGACGUCAAGCCGGCGCCUGCAGCACGCCUGCCAGUGCGCCGGAAAAGGCCGCCUUCGGGCUCGUUCGGAUCCAUAAAGGAAUCCGAGGACUGGCGGGCGAUGGAAAUGUCUGAAACCACCAAUGCGCUUGGCUGUCCAGUCUGGAUGCUGAACAAGGGGUGGCAGUGGGCGCUCGACGAGGACGAAGAGCCCACGUCACUGUCCCUCCAGAGCGAAAGCCCCAGGUUUGUCUCGAAGCACAUUGCCUUGGCGAGGGAGUACAUGGCUUCGCAGCUGGGCGAGGCAGCUCUCGGUGCUUCUGGAUACCUGCCUACCGCGCUUGGUCGCAACACGGAUGCACGCCGCAAGGUUGCCGUGGACAUCUUCAUGGCGCUGCACCUUCUUCUCGAGGAACAGAAGCUGGACGUAACCACGCCAGAGUACAUUUCGCCCGGGAGAGCGGACCUGAGAGUAUUGCUGUGUCAGAUUGCGAGAUGGCUCAAGUGGCACGGGUUCUGGUCCAUGUAUGAGCUGGGCAUCCAGGAGGAUGUCGAUUCGCGGCACGAUGCUGAGCUUAGUCUCAAAUCUCCCAUUCCACAGCCUCCCGUCAUGCCAGACGUGCUCGGCUGGAUCCAGUCGCGGCUUGUUGGAUUGCGUGGGAAGCCGUGCCUGACGCCUGCCGACAUCUACUUUGCCAGCUCGCGUCUUUCCGAGACGGAAAAGCUGGAGGACCGGAGGUGGGAUCUGAUUACCCCUCGUACUCUCAUGCUGAAGCGUUUCUUCAAAGUCAUCAAGCCAAAGUCGACCGCCAUACAAAUGGUGGAGGCGAUGCGAGACUGCGGGAUCACAAAGCUCGUCUUGGAAACCCUGCCAGAGGCCGUCCUGGCGCCUCUCCUGGACGCCAUAUCCCUCUGCCAGCCGCAUCCGCCCUCGCAAUGGUCGCAUGAGCUUCUCGAACUGAUCAAUCGCAGCGACAUCAGCCUUAUCCUAGCUGCGGACAAGCGGCCGCGCCUGGCGACAUCGAGCAUCCUGGCCCCCACACAUGUGGCUUCUCGAGACUUUCGGCUCCUUUGCCGCAGCGUGGAGGAGAUGAACACCCUGGGAUACGAGGAAGGCGGAGGCACCGAACGCCAGGCCGUCAUCCGGGCACUGUUCAAGGAAGAUCGUCGUCUCAACGAGGCCCAGGACCUGCUGGCGACGCACAAGGCGAGGGUCGUGCGCCUGGAUCCGAACCCAAGCUGGCCCGAAAGCGAGUACCUUGAGAAGCAAAAGGAGCUCGUCUCACGGAUCGCUACGGGCACGCUGGCGAUUCCGGCCGGGCGUGCGUUGCUCUACUUUAGCCUGCGAUACCCGCUCAUCACGCAAAAGUUCCACAUUGGUGGCUUCAAUCUCAACUGCGUUGUCAAGCCGGCCAACGUCACCGUCGGCGUCGACAAGGCCUUGUUCACCGAAGAAAAGGUCUGCUGGGGCUUCUUCCACCAGGGCGUCUCGGCGGGACUGGCCAUUUCUCCGCAGGCCAAGGGCAUCGACACGUCGUGGAUCCUGUACAACAAGCCGGGUCAGGAGCUGAGCAACCGCCACGCAGGCUUCCUGCUGGCCCUCGGUCUCAACGGGCAUCUCAAGGGCGUCGCCAAGUGGGUUGCCUUCAAGUACCUGACGCCCAAGCACACCAUGACCUCGAUCGGGCUGCUCCUGGGCCUCGCGGCUUCGUACAUGGGGACCAUGGACUCUCUCAUCACACGUCUGCUCUCCGUGCACGCCACGCGCAUGCUUCCCCGCGGCGCGGCGGAGCUCAAUCUUUCGCCCCUCACGCAGACGUCGGGCAUCAUGGGCAUCGGGCUGCUGUACUGCAACAGCCAGCACCGACGCAUGAGCGAAAUCAUGCUAUCCGAGAUCGAGCACGUCGACGACGAGGACGAGGAGGAGCCGCUGCGGAGCGAGUGCUACCGCCUGGCCGCAGGCUUUGCGCUGGGCCUCAUCAACCUGGGCAGGGGCAACGAUCUCAAGGGGCUGCACGACAUGAGACUGACCGAAAUACUGGUCGCGCAUGCCACCGCGACAAAGAACGUCGACAUUGUUCACAUCCUCGACCGGGCCGCCGCCGGUGCCGUCAUGGCGAUUGCUCUCAUCUUCAUGAAGUCGGAGGACCAGAUAGUGGCUCGCAAGAUUGACGUGCCCGAUUCCGUCCUCCAGUUCGACUACAUCCGCCCAGACAUCCUGCUGCUGCGGACCGUGACCAAGAAUCUCAUCCUGUGGUCCAAGGUUGAGCCGACGUUUGCCUGGAUUCACAACAGCCUGCCCACCGCGUACCGUCCACGGCACAAGCUCAUGGGCAUCUCGAAGCUGCGGUCCAUCGACCUGUCUUUUUACAGCAUCCUGACGGGCCUGUGCCUUUCGAUUGCUCUGCGCUUUUCGGGCAGUGCGUCGACCAAGGUGCGGGACCUCCUGCUGCACUACCUUGACCAGUUCAUGCGCAUCUCGAGGAUACCCGCUACGCCUCGCGACCAUCCCGACGCCGCGCCGCGUUAUGAUGAGGAACUCGCGCGGUCCAAUGCCCGCAUGUGUCAGGACAUUGUUGCGCUGUCCUGUUCGAUAGUCAUGGCGGGCACCGGCGAUGUGCCAGUUCUUCGCCGACUACGCGCACUGCAUGGGCGAGACGAUCCCGACACGCCAUACGGCUCGCAUCUAGCGGCUCAUCUUGCUAUCGGCUCCCUGUUCCUCGGGUGCGGAACGGCCACCUUUGGCUCCAGCAACAAGGCAAUCGCAGCCCUUCUCAUCGCCUUUUACCCCGUCUUUCCCACGACCGUCAUGGACAACCGCGCUCACCUCCAAGCGUUCCGGUACUUUUGGGUGCUGGCGGCAGAGCAGCGCUGCCUCGUCGCCAAGGACAGCAUCACGGGACAGCCCGUGUCCGUGUCGGUGCAGAUCAAGAUGAAGGACGGCUCCUCGUGCGAGCCAUUGCUGCAAAAGACGACGCCUUGCCUGCUACCGCCACUCGAUGAAAUCGCCUGUCUGUCGACCUCCUGCGGACCCCAGUACUGGGACGUCCAACUUGACUUUUCCAACGAGGAUGUCAAGCGCGCCUUUACCGAGACGCAGAGUCUGUACCUCCAGCGUCGGCCCCCUCGCGAGGGCGAGUUCUCGUCCACCCUACGCGAGCUGGGCAAGGACAGCAGGGGCGAAAAUCCGUUCGAGUGGCUCUUCAGCCUGGAGCCGCUGCAGGACGUGACGCACGCCGAGAAGGCGUCCCUCCUCGAAGCCACCAAACGCCCGGCCGAGGUUGGCUCCGCGCUGGACGCUCGGCUGGAGCUCGAGCGCGGCAUCGCCGACGGCGGCGACAGGGAGCGCCUCGAAGGCGCGAGGCUCCUCUUCGAAUGGGGCGCCACCCGCGAUCGCCUCUUGAAGUCCCAACAGCCGCCGUCGCCGCCGCCGCCGCCAACAUCACAGGACGCGGCUCAUUCGCAAUCCUUUGACACCGCCGACAGCCAGUCUACCAUAAGGCCGCCGCCGCCGCCCGGGGGCAGUUCGUCGCCCCCCGACACGCCCCCAACGCCGCGAGCGGGUGAGGAUGUCUGGUGGAUGCGGGACAGCGCCAUCGAUGCCCUCAAGGGCAAGGUGUGGCUGGCGGCGCAGGAGGAUGCAGAGUAGUACGUCUACGUCUCCCGUCAGGGCCGAAUUGCCGGGGUAAAGGGAGGGAGGUGAUGUUGUGUGCAUGGGGGAUGAUGGCCGUGUGGUCUGUGGAAAAUACCAGACAAUCAUGAUGUAAAGUUACGAGGCAAGACAUAGAUAUACCACGGAAAAGACCCGUGCUCAUGCGCGAUAAUCAUUCA